CACCGCCUCCUCUCAGUCUUUCCCAAGAUGGCGGACCUACUGGGCUCCAUCCUGAGCUCCAUGGAGAAGCCGCCCAGCCUCGGUGAUCAGGAGACUCGGCGCAAGGCCCGAGAGCAGGCUGCCCACCUGAAGAAACUACAGGAGCAAGAGAAACAACAGAAAGUGGAGUUUCGUAAAAGGAUGGAGAAAGAGGUGUCAGACUUCAUACAAGACAGUGGGCAGAUCAAGAAAAAGUUUCAGCCAAUGAAUAAAAUAGAGAGGAGCAUACUACAUGAUGUGGUAGAAGUGGCUGGCUUGACAUCCUUCUCCUUUGGAGAAGAUGAUGACUGUCGCUAUGUCAUGAUCUUCAAAAAGGAGUUUGCACCUUCCGAUGAAGAACUGGAGUCUUACCGCCGUGGAGAAGAGUGGGACCCCCAGAAGGCUGAGGAGAAACGGAAACUGAAGGAGCUGGCUCAAAGGCAGGAGGAGGAGGCAGCUCAGCAGGGACCUGUGGUGGUGAGUCCUGCCAGUGACUACAAGGACAAGUACAGCCACUUGAUCGGCAAGGGUGCAGCCAAGGAUGCAGCCCACAUGCUACAGGCCAAUAAGACCUACGGCUGUGUGCCUGUGGCCAACAAGAGGGAUACACGCUCCAUUGAAGAGGCUAUGAAUGAGAUCCGAGCCAAGAAGCGUCUACGACAGACACAGAGUGGGGAAGAGCUGCCACCUACCUCCUAGGCACUCCAGCUCCCUUUGUCCUCUGGGGCAGGGCAGGAAGGGACAAGGCUGCUGCUAUUAGACCCCACUCCAAAGCCCCAGCUCUGAGCCACCUCCCACUGGAGCUCGCUCAGGCUGGAGGUGAGCAGGGGUUUGGAUACCACUGCUGGAGCUUGGAUAUGUAUAUGGGUGGGUGGGGGUGUGUGUGUACAUGUGUAUGUAAGAGCCAGAGUGCCAGGUGGGUAUUUAAUCUGUAUUAUUCUCCUUGGAAUUUUCUUCCCCAUGUGGUUACUUCACAUUCAAUAAACACUGUUUGGCCCAA